AUGCACACCAAGCACACCGCACAACAUCUGAACAACUACAGACAAACAGCAAUGACAUUAACCUCGUGGCUAACAAGCUCCCCCGAGCAACCCACCGAUACCACCGACCCCAACAGCUUCGCCUCUCUCGUCAACAAAAUGAAUCUCGCUGCCAUAAAAGCUGACGCCGAAAACAGCUACAAAGAGAAAUACCUACGACUCCGCAGGCAAGUCGAAUCAAACACCGUCCACAACGACCUUCGCGCUAAGAUCACAUCUCUCUUAGCCAAAAAAACCGAAUACGAGGCUAAGCUUCGAGACACCGAAAAGGCGAAAACGAGCGCAGACAUGCAGGUCGUGGCCCUUGACCUUGUGAUCAAAGACACAAACGUGUACUACAAGUCCAAGUUGGAGAUCGCAGAAACGCAGAACAAGGCGCUCAAGGAGGAGAAUAAGAGGCUGAGGAAAGAUGGGCAGGAUAUGAAAUCUUUGCUUCUCUUGCAUGAGAUCUGUGUACCAAUACAAGGUUCUACGAAUGAAGACACGCAGACUCUGGAAUCAGAGUUUGAUAUGGAGCUAUUGGAGGGUAGCGGUUUUGAAGACGAUUGGCGGACUGAAUCUAGUGAUUCGGGUACGGACUCGACGGAUGUCUGCCCUCAGUGGUAUAACUAUGGGAGGUGUAGUCGGGAUGGCAGCGAUGCUGCUGAGAAGUGUGAGCUUGGUGUGCAUCCACGUCUUCUUGACUUUGGUACAAUCUUGAAGGAGUAG